AUGGCAAUGAAACGUUGUUUUUCCACCUCUGCCCGCGUUGCCGGAGCUCGUCGACCAAAUUGGGGAUCUGAAGGUUCUCUCUUGGAAAUUGGCACUCGAUCAAUCUUCAACGAAGAUCACGAUAUGUUUCGAGAGUCUGUCCGACGAUUCUUCAAAGAAGAAGUCGAGCCCGUGCAGCAAGACUGGGACAAAGUCGGCCAUGUUCCUCGAGAAAUCUGGCUUCGCGCCGGUGAAAUGGGUCUCCUCGGCGUCAACUGCAUGGACGAAGAUCUCGGGGGCAUCUGUGGCGACUUUAAAUCAUCCAUGGUCGUUAUGGAGGAGCAGUGCUACAUCGCCAACAGCUCCAUUGGCUGGGGACUGCAUUCUGACAUCGUUAUCCCUUACGUUUCGCAGUACGGUACCCCUGAGCAGAGGGAAAAGUUCAUUCCAAAGAUGAUUUCUGGCGAAUGUAUUACUGCUAUCGCCAUGACAGAGCCUGGAGCUGGCUCUGAUCUCCAGGGAAUGAAAACUUUCGCCAAGCGAGAUGGCGAUGACUGGAUCAUCAACGGCUCUAAAGUCUUCAUCACCAACGGCUGGCACGCGGACAUGGUAAUCGUCUGCGCAAUCACUGACCCAACUGCGAAAUCUGCCGCCAAGGGAAUCUCUCUCUUCCUCAUCGAAGACGGUAUGCCAGGAUUCAACAAGGGCCGAAAACUCAACAAGAUCGGCCUCAAGGGCCAGGACACCGCUGAGCUUUUCUUUGAUGAUCUCCGAGUUCCUACUUCGGCCAUUCUCGGUGGAGAGAAAGGCUUGAACCGAGGCUUUGGCAUGUUGAUGCAUGAGCUUCCACGAGAGCGACUUUUGAUUACUGUCCAAGCUUGCGCCACAAUGGAAUACGCUUUCGAGUGCACUCGAGAAUACGUCAAGGAAAGAAAGGCGUUUGGCAAGACUUUGUCAAAAUUGCAGACGAUCCAGCACGAACUUGCUGCCAUCAAAACCGACAUCGCCAUGUCACGAAACUUUACCGAUACCUCCAUUCAAAUGUAUGAAGAUGGCAUCCUCGACUACAACACCGCCUCCAUGGGCAAAUACUGGGUGACUGAAAAGAACAACGAAAACGUUUCCAAGAUGCUCCAAAUGUUCGGUGGUUGGGGAUACAUGUGGGAAUACCCCAUCGCGAGAAUGUUCGCUGACUCGAGAGUUUACUCCAUCUAUGGCGGAUCAAACGAAAUCAUGAAGGAGCUUAUCGCCCGAUCAAUUGUCUGA